UCAGGCGGGGAGGUGACGCGGAGCUUCGUGGAGCUGCGCUUCGUGCUGGAGCCGCUGGACACGGUGACGGUGCGGGGCGGCGUGCUGCAGCUGGACUGCGAGGCCCAGUCGGAGGGGGGCGGCGCGCUGCCGGCCAUCGCCUGGAAGAAGGACGGCGUGCUGCUGAGCGCCAUGGUGGACGAGCGGCGGACGCAGCUGGCCAACGGCUCGCUGCUCGUGCACAACGUGGUGCACUCGCGCCACCACCGGCCCGACGAGGGCCUCUACCAGUGCCUGGCCACGCUGGAGGGGGAGGGGGCCAUCGUCAGCCGCACCGCCAAAGUCACCGUGGCCGGUCCUCUGAGGGUGGUGGUGCCCACGGAGUCGGUGUCGGCGCACCUGGGCGACACGGCGCUGCUGCGCUGCGAGGUGACGGGCGAGCCCAUGCCCGCGGUGCGCUGGCAGAAGAACCGCGAGGACCUGCCCGCCGUUGGCGAUGCCAGCGUGGACGUCCGCGUGGUGGUGCUUCCCUCGGGCGCGCUGCAGGUCAGCCGGGUCCAGUCGCCCGACUCGGCCACCUACCGCUGCCUGGCCGAGAACCCGGGCAGCGCCCGCACCGGCACCGACGCCGACCUGCGCGUGCUGCCAGAACCAGGCGUGGCUAGGAGCCUGGAGUUCCUGCAGCGUCCGAUGAAGGUGACGGCGCUGCAGGGGAGAGAGGCCGUGCUGGAGUGCUCCGCCACAGGCUACCCCAACCCCUCCUUCUACUGGAUGAAGGGCCAAGAGAUGAUCCAGAGCAGAUCUAAGAAGUACUCCCUGCUGGGCGGCAGCAACCUGCUCAUCAGCAGCGUGAGCGACGACGACGCCGGCGCCUACAGCUGCGUGGCGCACAACCUCAACGAGAACAUCACCGCCUCCUGCGAGCUGGCCGUCUUCGUGCCUCCGCAGUUCCUGAACUACCCGGCGAACAUGUACGCGUACGAGAGCACCGACAUCGAGAUGGAAUGCGCCGUGACGGGGAACCCGCAGCCCAAGGUGCACUGGGUGAAGAACGGAGAGGUCGUCAUCCCCAGCGACUACUUCCAGAUCGUGGAGGGCAGUAACCUCCAGAUCCUGGGCCUGGUGCGCUCGGACGAGGGCUACUACCAGUGCGUGGCGGAGAACGACGCGGGCAACGCCCAGGCCACCGCCCAGCUCAUCCUUCAGGAGCCCGUUGUCCCGAGCUCAGGCGCCCUCCCCUCCGCUCCCCGUGACGUGGUCCCUGUCCUAGUGUCCAGCCGCUCUGUGCGCCUCAGCUGGCGCCCCCCACUGGAGGCCCGCGGAAACGUCCAUACCUAUGGCGUCUACUAUUCGCAGGAGGGGAUCAACAGGGAGAGGUCCAUCAACGUGACGGAGCCUGAGACGCUGCAGCUAACCGUGAGCAGUCUGAAGCCGGAGGAGACCUACACCUUCAGGGUGGUGGCCUACAACGAGCUCGGCCCCGGAGAGAGCUCCGAGGCCAUCCGUCUCACCACCAAACAAGAGCUGCAAGUUCCUGGUCCUGUGCAGAACCUGCGAGCCCAGGCUACAUCCCCCUCCUCCAUCGAGGCAUUCUGGGACCCCCCAGCGUACACCAACGGACCCAUCCAGGGCUACAGGCUGCUGUGGACAGAGAACUCCUCUGGAAAGGAGCAGAGUAUUGACGUGAUCGCUCAAACCUACAAGAUGGAGGGUCUGAAGAAGUUCACGGAGUACUCUCUGCAUGUGCUGGCCCUCAACCGCUUCGGGCCGGGAGUCAACUCAGAUGAUGUGGCCGUCACCACCCUCUCUGAUGUACCAAGCGCUCCCCCUCAGAACAUUUCCCUUGAAGUUGUGUACUCCAGGAGCAUCAAAGUCAGCUGGAUGCCUCCGCAAACUGCCAUGCAGAACGGCUUCAUCACUGGCUACAAGAUCCGUCACAGGAAGACAGGUCGUCGCGGCGACCAAGAAGCCAUCGAGCCCAACAACUUGUGGUACCUAUUCACAGGGCUGGAGAAAGGGAGUCAGUACAGCUUCCAAGUGGCGGCGAUGACUGCCAACGGCACCGGCCCAUUCAGCGAGUGGAACACGGCCGAGACACCGGAGAACGACCUUGACGAGACUCAGGUGCCCAACCAGCCCAGCUCCCUGCACGUGCGGCCCCUGCCCAACAGCAUCAUCAUGAGCUGGACGCCCCCCCUCAACCCCAACAUCCUGGUGCGCGGCUACAUCAUCGGCUACGGCGUGGGCAGUCCGUACGCAGAGACGGUCCGUGUGGACAGCAAGCAGCGGUACUACUCCAUCGAGAACCUGGAGCCCAGCUCCCACUAUGUGAUCUCGCUGAAGGCCUUCAACAACGCCGGGGAAGGGGUACCGCUGUACGAGAGCGCUGUGACCAGGUCCAUGUCGGACCCCUCCGACCCAUCGGACGAUGACCUGUUCCAUCUGUUUGAUAAAUACCCUACUCCCAUCCCAGAUACCUCCACCCCCAUGAUCCCCCCAGUAGGUGUCCAGGCCGUGGCCCUCACCUCGGACUCGGUGCGGGUCAGCUGGGCCGACAACUCCAUGUCCAAGAACCAGAAGGCCUCCGAGGUCCGCUACUACUCCGUCAAGUGGAAGACCAGCCACUCCACCAGCGGCAAGUUCAAGUCCGCAGACACCACAGCCCUGAGUCACACGGUCACCGGCCUGAAGCCCAACACCAUGUACGAGUUCGCCGUCAGGGUCACCAAAGGUCACAAGUCCAGCACGUGGAGUAUGACGGCGCACGCCACCACCUAUGAAGCAGCGCCCAGCUCCGCGCCCAAGGACCUGACGGUGAUCAGUCGUGAGGGGAGGCCUCGGACGAUGCUCAUCAGCUGGCAGCCGCCCAUGGAGGCCAACGGCAGGAUCAUCGGCUACCUGCUGUACUACACGCUGGACAAGAACAUGGCCAUUGACGAGUGGGUGAUGGAGUCCAUCCAGGGGGACCGGCUCACACACCAGGUCAUGGACCUCAAUCUGGACACCGUCUACUACUUCCGCAUCCAGGCCAAGAACGCCAAGGGGGUGGGCCCCCUCUCUGACCCCGUCCAUUUCAGGACCUCCAAAGUUGAGCACCCAGACAAAAUGGCCAACGACCAAGGUCGCCAUGGAGACAGCAGCUACUGGCCGUCUGACAACAACCUCAUCGACAGGAGCAGCCUAAAUGAACCUCCCAUUGGUCAGAUGAGACCCCCCCACGGCUCGGUCACCCCCCAGAAGAACAGCAACCUGCUGGUGAUCAUCAUGGUGUCGGUGGGAGCGGUCACCAUCGUGGUGGUGGUCAUCGUGGCGCUCAUCUGCACACGCCGCUCUUCGGCUCAACAGAGAAAGAAGCGGGCCAGCCACAGCGCGGGCAAGCGGAAAGGCAGCCAGAAGGACCUGCGUCCGCCGGACCUGUGGAUCCACCACGAGGAGAUGGAGCUCAAGAACAUGGAGAAGCCGUCCAGCACGGCGCCGUCCGGCCGCGAGUCGCCCAUGCACAGCGUCCAGGAGAUCGCCCCGGUCAGCGUCAGCCACAGCCAAUCAGAGAGCCAGAUGGGCAGCAAGAGCAGCCACUCAGGAGCGGACGCGGACGAGGUGUCCAGCAGCAUGUCCACUCUAGAGCGCUCCCUGGCGGCCAGGAGGGCCACGCGCACCAAGAUGAUGAUCCCCAUGGACUCGCAGCCCAGCAACACACCGGUGGUGAGCGCCAUCCCCGUGCCCACGCUGGAGAGCAGCCAGUACCCGGGCAUCCUGCCCUCGCCCACCUGCGGCUACACCCACGCCAAGUUCGCCCUGAGGCCCAUGCCCUUCUCCACCCUGACCGUGGACAGGGGCUACGCCGCAACCAUAUCCACAGAGGGCCCGACGCCCAUCUCGAGCCAGCAGCAGACGAUGACGCUCCCGUCGGCGGCGCAGUCGGAGCACGGCUCGGCCGAGGAGGCGCCCAGCCGCACCAUCCCCACCGCCUGCGUGCGGCCCACUCACCCGCUCCGUAGCUUCACCAACCCCCUCCUGCCCCCACCCAUGGGCACCAUCGACCCCAAGGUCUACACGCCCAUGAUGCCCCAGUCAAGUGCCAGCCUCCCGAAGGCCCAGGUGAAGACGGCCUCCCUGGGACAAGCGGGCAAAGCCAGAUCACCUCUCCUCCCCGUGAGUGUGCCAACGGCCCCCGAGGUGGGCGAGGAGGGCCAGAAACCCCCCGAGGAUCCAGCAAGUGUUUACGAGCAGGACGACUUGAGCGAGCAGAUGGCCAGCCUGGAGGGCUUGAUGAAGCAGCUGAACGCCAUCACCGGCUCGGCGUUUUAACGGCGGAGCGACGCCGCGACGUGACGUGACGUGACGUGACGUGACACGACGGACCGGCACGCGCUUCCCGCAGUA